AUGGUCAUAAUGACUUCUCAUUCUUGCACAUUUCCAUCUCUUUUUUUAUCUCCAGCAAAAGAGAAGAACAUGAGGAGGGAUAAUCAGAGCAGUGUGUCUCAGUUCCUCCUCCUGGGACUCCCCAUCUGGACAGAGAAGCAAGGCAUAUACUAUACCCUUUUCCUGGUCAUGUACCUGACCACAGUGCUGUGGAAUCUGCUCAUCAUCCUGCUCAUCAGGUUGGACUCUCGCCUCCACAUCCCCAUGUACUUCUUCCUCAGCCACUUGGCCCUCACUGAUGUCUCUUUCUCAUCAGUCACAGCUCCAAAGAUGCUCAUGAAUAUGCAGACAAACAGGCAAUCCAUCUCAUAUUCUGGGUGCAUUUCCCAGGUGUAUUUCUUCUUGCUGUUUGGAGGUCUUGACAGCUUCCUUCUCACAUCAAUGGCCUAUGACAGAUAUGUGGCCAUCUGUCAACCCCUCCACUACACCACAAUCAUGAGUCAGAACCUGUGUUUCCUGCUAGUAACUGUGUCCUGGAUCCUAUCCUGCACUAAUGCCCUUUUGCACACCCUCCUCCUGGUCCGUCUUUCUUUCUAUGGAGACAACAGUCUCCCCCACAUCUUUUGUGACCUCUCCACUUUACUUAAGCUGUCCAGCUCAGAUACCACAGUCAAUGAGCUAGUUAUAGUCACUGUAGGAGCGGUUGUCAUUACCUUGCCAUUCAUAUGCAUCUUGGUCUCUUAUGUUAGGAUUGGGGCCACAGUCCUUAAAGUCCCCUCCACCAAGGGAAUGUACAAAGCCUUCUCCACAUGUGGCUCUCACCUCUCUGUGGUGUCGCUGUACUAUGGAGCAAUUAUUGGACUGUACUUUUUUCCCUCAUCCAGUAACUCCAAUGAGAAGGAUGUCAUUGUGUCUCUCUUGUACACUCUGGUCACUCCCAUGCUAAAUCCCUUUAUCUACAGUCUGAGGAAUCGGGAUAUGAAAGGAGCUCUGGGAAAUAUACUCAGUAGAGAAAAAUUUUCACCAUGA